AUGACUAACCUCGUCACCUUUGGUGAUAGUCUCACGGACGAAUCUCGAAUCCUGUACUUCAUGGAGCACGAUGGUCAAGCGCCUCCACCAGGAACAAGAUUCCCUCCCAACAACCAGACCUUGAGCGGCGGCUAUGCCUGGGGACGACUCGUGGCCAACCUCAGCGGUGCCGAAUACUACAACUACGGUGUCGGAGGAGCUACCUGCUCAUCCAAAAUUGCAACGAAAAUCUUUGCAGGUUACAACUGGACGGUCCCUACAGUGCUUGAGUACCAAGUUCCUGCCUUCCAACAAGACCUCGCCGUUGAUGGCAUGUUUCCCGACCGAAAGCCAGACAAUACUGUUUAUGCCAUGUGGAUUGGCACGAAUGAUCUCGGCUGGGACGCUUUUCUCUCUGACUCCAUGGCCCCUGGUGCUGCAUUGUCUGACAUUGUCGACUGCAUGUGGAAAUCCUUCGAUGGAGUCUACAAAGCUGGUGGACGUCACUUUGUCGUACUAAACAUGCUUCCAUUGGAGCACGCGCCUGUUUAUGCCCUUCCUGAACUUGGUGGGCCGGAACACAGUCAGUACUGGCCCGGAAAGUCCGAGUACAAUGUUACGCAGUACAACUCCAAGCUCCACCAGUAUGCGACUAGCGUCAACACGAUGCUCGAGCAGGGUGGACUGCUGGAGCAUACCAUCAAGAAGCGCUGGCCUGGAGCGUCGCUGACCGUAUUCGACGUCAACGCGUUGCUGAAGGAUGUCUUGGAGGAUCCGGGCGCUUCCUUGAGUUAUCCCGCUAAUGUUACUGGGGUUUACCAUUUCUGUCCAGAGGAUGCAGCACCCGAGGAUUGCGUUGACUCUUCACACCCACUCUCGAGUUUCUUCUGGUACGACGAUCUACACCCAACUGAGAGGGUUGUGCGGAUCAUAGCCGAGAUCUUCAUCAAAGUUGUCAAGCGGGAGUCCAAGUAUGGGCACUACUACGGAUAG